CUCUCCAAAUCAGCUGUUCGGGAAACUUAUCACUAGCUUUACACUCCUCUUUUAUCGUUUGUUAAUUGAAUAUGUAGUUUUAUGUUUAAUUCUUCCUACAUUCGUUUCAAAGUAUGUUCCAUGAAUAUCUUGGUGCUUAGGUUUAAUAUUGGUUCUGUACUUUUUACCUCAGUGAUCGCGUUCUUGUGUUUACCUCACGUGUUUAGUGCAACUUAUUACGUCUUUUUGUGGUUAGCUCGUAAAUUUUCUCCUCUUGAAACAAUUCUUUCAUCGAAACUUUCUCCUGUGCAGAGGAGGAGAGAGGCGCCGUUGAUUUCCAUGCAUUUGUGAAAUUGUUCGUCUGAAAAUGAGCUCGCACGUCAACAAUCCAAAUCCUUCAUCCAGUGAUAACGUACCCUAUGUGCACGCUCCUAGAAUUCGUAAAGAUGAGAAAACAAUCAUUGAAAAGACUUCCUCGUGUGUUACUGCUAUCUCAACCUUGCUCCAGUUACCGAAUUCAGCUUCUCACCUCAAAAAGUCUUGCUCUCCAAACAAAAGUUUUACCAGCGUAGGGCCUGUUUGUAGAAUCUGUCAUGAAGAUGAUUCUUCUGAAAAACUGAUUUCUCCAUGUGAAUGCAUCGGUUCAAUGGGCGUUGUGCAUACAUCAUGCCUUGAAAAAUGGUUAUCAACAUCAAAUUCAGAUAAUUGUGAGAUUUGCAAGUACAACUUCAGAACAAAACGUAGAGCAAGACCUAUUUUCCAGUGGUUUUGCAAUGGACAAAGCAUACAUGGUCCACAUGGUUUUUACGGUGAUAUUUUAUGUCUUCUUCUACUUACUCCAUUGUGCUUCAUCUCUGUCUAUCUCUGCGGAGUGGGCUCCAUUGUUUACAUGAAACACGGUGUUUGGGAAGGAAUCGGACUAGCUGUUUUAUCUGCAUUCCUCCUUAUCACAUUCAUCUUGUGGUGUUUUGUCACCUUGAGGUUUCACUGGAGAACUCUGCUUACGUGGAGAAACACUAACCAGGUUGUGGAAUUAAUGGAAUAUCAGUGCCAGUCCCGUCAGCGAACUGACAAUAAUGCAAACCGUGUUGCAGAAGUGCGAGCAGCGCCAAAUGAGCCGUGCAUCAAUGUAUGAUGCAUAGCCAAAUCAACGAUCAAUUGUUCCUGCCGUCUACCUCAGCUGACUCAUGUUUUGCAGCAGGUCUGUUGUUUUGAAAAUUAUCAAUCAGUUAUUUUUUUCAUAAUUUGUCAUUGAGUUACUUUGUCUUGUUAGAACUAUACCAAAAUAAAAAGGUUGUGCUGUGGUUCUACCCCGUGAAGUCAGGUGCUAAAGUUUGUUAACUUCACCGGAUGAGUUUAAGCUUACCGCCAGUGUUAACCCCGGUUUAAGCGUUUUACUGCCCUGAUGUAUCUCGCAGACUGUUAUUAUUUUCUCAUGACUUACCGAGUUGUGUUUUUUUAUUUCUUGAUUUAUUCCGUUCUAAACUUUCUUUUCCUAUCCUUUUUUUUCAAUUGCUCUUUCUUCAUCUUUAGUAAUGUUAUUAAUCACUAUUUUACACCCCGUUUUAAAAGUUUUCAUCUAAAAUUCGACCCUGUAAAUUAAAAUGUUUCUGCCUUUUUACUUUCAAAUAAUUUUGCCUUCCCUACAUUUUUAAUUUCUGAUAGAUUUCUAUAGACUUUAUAUCCAUUUUUGAGACUCGAGGUUACAAAAUCAUCAAUGUAUUUCCAUGUUUUUCUUUCUCUCCAAAAUCACGAGUCAAUAGUGAGAUUUAAUGGUUUAAUUGGGUGCGAUAGUCAUCAUCGGGGUAUUCGAUAGUGCUAAGAGUAAAAAAAAAUGAAACCAUUUUAUAGUCGUCUAAUUACGUGGAAAGUUAUAAUUUUAUGUAAUGACGAGUUCCAAAAUGAAAUUAAUUUUUCCCGUUUAAAUAUUUCUAGUAGCCCACAAUUCUAAUAGUGUUCUUUUAUGAAUGUAAAUAUAAGCCUUUAUUUAUCUUUGUUUUAUAUUUUUAUAGUUAUAUUUAGGGAUGUGUGCAUAGCAAUUGUAAAUGUUCUCUUACAUUGUUUGUUGUCUGUGUUUCCUUUUUUUUCUUGCUUUCUCCAUCAAUCUAAGAUGAUUCCAUGUUUAACCCUCUGCGUUUCAUCAACAAAUUAUUUUCCUCUGCCCAUUAAUAAUUUGAUCAAAAUGUGGCAUUCAAAAUAAGUCGGCAGUUUUUUCAAUUUUGUUUCCAUUUAGAAAGUUCUAAGCCCUAAGUGAAGAGUAGGCGAGGAUUAAAGAAUAUGAAAAAAAAUAAAAGUAUAGACACAAACGAAUGCUUUGUCAAGUCUCAAUUGAUUUCCAGUGAUCAGAUGUUUGGUUCUUUUUCUGCCUAAGCCUGAAUCACGGGAAGACAGAAGUUGCCUCUAACAGAUGCGAAAUGAAGUUGGGAACAAUUAUCUGGAGCAAAAAAAUAAGCCAAAAUUGCUUUAUCACUUCACUACUGCUUUGAAACUGUAUCAAUCUGUAUAUUCCUACAAGUGUUUUCGACACUCCUCAUUUUCCUUCAUUUAUCUUGUACGCAGAUGAAACGUUAGAAUAAGGAAUUUAAGACACCAAAUAACAUAUUUAUCUUACUGCCCCGUUUUAUUUUUUUUUAAAUGACUGAAUUAUUUAAGCACCCUUUUUCAUCAUCCCUAAUCUUGCGGCUAUUCAUCAAAAUGUGUCCCUUUAGGUUUUUUCUCAUGAAUUGAAUGAAGCUUAUCUCGAUCCCUCAUUCCCCCUCCCCCACAAUCCAUCAACUCAUUCAUACUUUUUUUGUGUUAUUUUAUGAAUUGAAUUAUUAUCAUUUUGAAAGUGGUAUUAUUUUUCAUGAUAUCGGAGUAGUACUUGUAUAAGCAUUGGCCAAAAAGUUUGUUGAUUCAUUGAAUUCUAGUUGCCAAAGGAAAUUUACAAAGAGUUGCUCUUCAAAAACUGAACUAGGUGUUGAUGCAUCUCCUAAUUUAAUAAAAUGUGAUGCUUACGUCAUGUAAAAGCAUAUUGUAUUCAAGAUUAUUUUAACAUGUUUGAUUCUUUAUUUUUUUUUAUAAAUAGAUUUUUAAUAUUUUUCGAGGUCCAUUCUUAAGGUUUACUGCCUGAAAGUGAGCAUACUGUAAAAUUAAUCCUGUGACCACCUUUUAAAACAGUUGUUUCUCUUUUGCAUCAGUAACACUUAGAACAAAAUUAAUUUUACUAUCUGUACUUAUAUUUGUCAUUCUAAAUAUUUUGUUUUGUUUAUGUAUUUAUUUUUUCCAUCGAAUGAUUUUGAAAUGUACUUAAUUUUUGAAAUUGAGUAUGUCUGUAGUUAAGAGCCAAAGAUUCAUUACUGGGUGCCCCUGCUGUUGCUUGCUACCGGACUUUUUUGUAUAGUCAAUCAAGCGUAGUGGUAACUCAAGUCAGAGAAUUAACCACGAGUCAGAGACAUCAUUUUUUCAUCAGUCUUAUUUAACCAAAAGCAACAGCUACACUUUAAUGCUGUCAUUAAUUUUGUAGGAAGUCACUCUUGUGGUAGCUGACAACUAUUAUAGACAUUAUAAUCAGAUUUUCCUGUUUGUUCACGUCGUAAAUUUUGUUGAAAUUCCGUGUUCAUUAUUUAGUAUCAUUUUGAUUUCCAUAGCUUCUCUUGGAUUUUUUGGAGUUUUCUUUCGGAAUCCUUUCAAGCAAUUUUGAGAAUUUGGUUAAAUCCAAGUGUCUCUCUCUCUCGCCAAAGAAAAAUUCGCAUACCUGUCUGCUUGCUCUAAAAUUUAGUUAAGUCUUGAGAAUCCUGGUAGGGAAAUUUUUUUUCAGAAUAUAUAUCGAUGGUGAAACGCACAUCUCGAUUACGACAUUUCAACAUCCCCGCUCCUAUUUGUUACUUUCAAAGACAAGCAAAUCAACUUCAUGGCUCAAAAGUUUCAGAGAAUAUUCUUCACACAGAGAAGAAAUUCAGAGAAGUUUUCAAGAAAUGACGUUGCAUAUUUUUCUAUUUAUUUUUAAAAGUAGAGAUUUUCCUCUGGAAAAAACACUAUUUUUAAAAAAUACAGUAUAACAGGAUGUCUUCAGUACCACAAAUCAAGAUAAGCGUUUUUGCAGUUCCACCGUUAAUACAUGGAAAACAUACCCAAACAGCAUUACUAUAAGUUAAAGAGGACCCAUGUGUCAACAUUAAAGUCGAAGCAUGCGCAAGAAAAUAUCUCACUGUUGAGGCUUGAUUAAAAAUUCAAAUGACACUCUUUCAUCCAGUGCUGUUAUUUCCAAUACGGAAGUGUUAUGUUUUCUCAGGUUAUCUUUUUAAAUGUAACAGCUGGUGUUUUUAUGAAACUGAACGAUCCUCAUAAAGUGAUGUCUGAAUUUUUCAAAGCUAUAAUAAGUUUUUGUCAAAUGUUCCGAAAUGCUUUUUAUCCUUCAAUGGAAAUCUUCAUUCUAUCAGAACUAAUUGUAGAUGUUUAAAUAACCAAGUUUUUGUUUUAUAAGUUGUAAUAAGUUAUUUAUCUUCCCCAAAAUAUUAUAUUUAGCUCAAAUAGUGUCAAUUAUGGUUAAUUCGAUCAAAAUGUAUGUGUUAAUUUGAUUGAAAUCCCUGAAGAUUUCAUGAAAAUAAUUUCAACCUUGCUCAAAUGAAGGAUUUCCUCAAUUAUGCACGUGAUACAUAUUAUGUCACAGAUUUUCUGACGGAGGAGAAGAUUCAUCAGGCAUCUUUAAUUUGUCACCUUCCGGCCCAAGUAUCACAGGCGUUAUUUGUGCAUUUCGAUCGAAUUUACAGAGAAAUGUUAACUGAACUUCAUUAUACUUUGAAUUAUAAAUGUUAAUUUUAACUUCUGACAAAAGAUACCAGUAUUCUCUUAUCAAAGCUUAUGAAAUUUCAGAAAAUGGUUUAUUGUAGCUGAAAUAUGUUUAUUCAUCAUAGCCUAAAGCAGAGGCUAUACCUUACACAUGGAUGAUUGCAUUUCCAAGCAAUACUUUUUGAGCUUUUUUCAAACAGUAUUUUGUGAUCCGAUUCCUCAUUGUACCACUUGUGUUGUUCGACUGCUUGGUUGGUUAAAUUCUUUUGAACCUCUAAAGCGAUUUCAGCCAUAAAGUUGAAAUUUCUCUUAUUCAAAGAUGUGAAAUCACUUAUUUAUACAAAAAAAAUUAUUUUCAUACCAAGACCCAAUACCUAAGGUCCGUAGUAUUCAUUUCCUCUUUUCAUAUUUAUAUUUGAUUUAUGUACAAUCAGUUGUCCUCAGUAAAAAUGUGGAAGCUCUCAAAAAUACAGCCUGAAGCAAGAAAGCAAUUCUCAACGAGCCAUUUUAAAUGUUCCCUCUUUUGUUGCUGAACUCUUGGGUUCAGUAGUAUCAAAAGUCAAGAAUUUCAUGUCUUUUUUUUUUAAAUUUUGAACUUUAAUUUUUAUGCACGCUCCGUCAAAUCUGCGAGUAUAAUUCAAUUAAUUUAAAAUUGAAUGAAAUUCAAAAAUUGUUGGGCUAUUUUUCUAGCAAAAUCUCUCGAUGAUUUUUGCAUUUAAUUCAACAAACUUUUUAGUUUUUCCAUUUUGAAAACUCAAAAGAUAAAAUCAAGGAACUGCUUUUAGUUCAGCCCUGUCUUCAAGAGGAGUUUCCACAAUCCUAUCAUAAAAUUCUUGUGAUACAAACCUAAAAUUUUGAAAGAUGCAUCUACUUAUUUUUUUGUGUGUUUCUUGGGUCCAGAAAUAAUUUGCUUCCUGGAAGGACAGCAUAGACUCCAUUGAUUUUGAGUUUCUUGCGUCUAGAAAUAUUUUUUGUUCACUGCAAUGAGAGCUAGUAAAACCUCACACCCUGGUGUGUACAACCAAGUGAUGAUUCAACUUUACAUGUGUAAGGAAAUGAAUUUGAUCCUCCAUUUUCAACAUUGUGUAUUAUCAGGAAGAAACACUGACCUGCAUCAGAUAAAUUACAUUUGUGUGUGUUCGGCAUCUUCAGUUAAAUACAUUUUUCAUGUAGGGAAAAAAUAAGUACAUGAGAACAAACUGUUUUUUGAGUUAUCAUCAUAAGGUCACCCUUUUUAAUAAGCGAUGUUGAACAGGUCAGUUGUUAAUAUUGUUUGUCACCCUCUGUUAAAUAUAUACCUUAUACAUUUUUUAUCAUAUAGCUGUAAGACUGAUAAAAUUGUGAUAUUUAGUUGUAAAAUCAGCAAUACUUGCUCUAUUAAAUUUAUGUGUGAGUGGUCUG